CCAGCCAUGACUGUCCCAUCUUUCAGCGGCCCAGAAGGGUCGCAAAGCUACUAUGCUCAUAAAGUCUCCUCUCCCAUGAUUGUCUUUCACUUCGGAACCCUUGACAGCCCCAAAGAAGGGGUAAUCGUCGUAUAGGUCCUCAACAACAUCGGCGACGGCUUGCGCAUGCUAAAUUAGUAUCGCCAGAGUCGUCAAUUUCUCGCCAUUACAAUCAUACAUUUAGAUUCUCUAUUUAGAGCAAUUCACUUCUAGAAAAGUCAAUCCGUCACUUUAAUCUGAAAGACAUUCAAGACUAUACCAAACUAAGAUAUCCACACCUUCGAGUUCUUAUAUUUACCAUGGGCCUCCAAACUCUACCCACGGAGCUUUUGCUCCAAAUUUUUCGUUCCUGCGAUUCCAUCUCCGAUGUCCUGCAUCUAGCCGCCACCAACCACCGACUGCGCCGUGUCCUGGGCCCAUCAUCCAAAAUCUCAAUUCUUAUGAGUGCUGCAGAUGCAGAAUUUGGUCCUAUACACGAUAUAAUCCAGAUAGUAACCCAAAACGCCAGUCAACCAGCGCAGCUCGUCCGCGAAGCUUCCCUGUCCGAUGCCCUCUUGAAACAGGUGGUCCAAGUCGGCCGCGUGGCCCAGAAGUGGGAAGCUAUAUACCCCGUGAAGAAGUGGAAAAGCGAUUUCGCAAAUCGCCGCUUGUUGACGGAUGAAGAACGCUUUCGUCUGCGGCGCGCGGUUUAUCGGUUAUGGCUAUAUAACCGUGCAUUCCACGUUCAUCAAUUUGACCGCUUCUCUCGUGGCCUGCGCAACGUUGUGGUUGAACGGGCACAAUUGUUGCAUAAUUGGUCAACAGGGGAACUGGCUGAGAUUGAAGAUGUGCGUAUGGUGAUUCAAGAUGUAGUCCAGAACCAUAUUUGUCCCAGUAAUGGCAGCAUUCAACGCAAGUUCCACAAACGCUACCCUGAAAACAUCCACCCGCUCUCUUUCAACAUCCAUCUAAACUACCGUCCUGAGCGAUCUAGCCUCUCCCCCGGAACGUAUUUCGGUCCUCUCGAGAACAAUACUGUGAAUCACGAUACGUUCUUUCACAAUCAUCACAACGCCGCAGCUACACCGUCAAAGUCGUCGUCAUUGGCGUCGAAACUCCGAUCUGAUAUAUUCCAUGACCCCGGUCAGGAAGGCUGGGGCGAUGAGAUUCCGCAUUAUUACAUUGUCCAAGACAUGCUCAAGCUUGAUCCAGGACAGGUAUUGUGGCUGCGAGAUCAUGCCCCUUUGAAAGAGCAUGUCGAAGCGUAUGUGCAGUCCUUGGGCGACUGGUUUCGGAACAACGGAGAGACGUUUGUUGAUACAUUGUUGUGGGUUAUGAAAGAGCGUGGAGAAGACCCGGAAGAGUUCAAGAUGGCGAUAGAGGACCGGGAUAUAGGCAUUGUUGCGUGAUGGAUUUAAUAAGGCUAUAUGGGAAAUUGUUGACGUGUUUUUUCCUUAAUUAGGCGUGAUAUAGAUAUUUAGCAAUCCUGCUCAGCUGGUGCUUAAGGCAUUUGGAGUAAUUC